ACAGCCUCAAAAUUGAGGAAAUCGAGGAAAUCGUGGAGACCGAGGUUAUCCUCUCUCCCGAUGAGAUGCACCAUGAGGAAUUCGAAAUAACGAUGGUACCCAUGGAAUCGACAACCGUGCUGACGCCCUCCGGUGGUACGGGCACGAUGAAGCGUGAUGUGCGGGACAUGGUGCGAGAGGCCACCUUCCAGACCAAGCUGCUAAUGCAGGAAAACGAAGCCCAAGACUAUCAUUUCCAGCAUGCAUCGAGCGCCGAUGAUACGGAGGGAUCGGACCAGGAGCACACGCUGGGCGACAUGACGUUCAAGAGCGAUCCGGAUGGAAACGAUACAAUGAACUCCAGCAACCAAAGCUCAAGCCGAAAAAGGCGCGGGAAUCUUCCGAAGCAGUCGGUAAAAAUUUUAAAACGAUGGUUGUACGAACAUCGCUUCAACGCGUACCCGACCGAUGCCGAGAAGCUUACGCUGUCACAGGAAGCCAAUUUGACGGUGUUACAGGUGUGCAAUUGGUUUAUUAACGCGCGGCGGCGUAUAUUGCCGGAAAUGAUUCGUCGUGAUGGGCAUGAUCCAAUGCACUACACCAUAUCUCGGCGGGGCAAGAAGUUAAGCGGUCAGUUAGUAGUGGGGCACGAUGGGCAGAAUCCACUUACGAUGAGCCCAGCGUCUGAAGUGAUUGUCGGUGCGACGGAGGAGAUCAUCGAGGAGGAGGAGGUGAUCGAGGAUGGCGUACCGCAUAUCAUCACCAGCCACGGCCAGCAGUUUGUGCAAACACCAUCCGGUUUGGUGAAAGUAGAGGAAGAUGUAGACUUUGAAGAUCACAUCAUCUAUCGUUCGGACGACAGUAACAUCGAGUAUGAGUACGCGCAAAGCGAAGAAGAGAUGCCAGUCACGGAACAGGGCGACUGGGACGGCAUAAUCCGCUAUGAGAAGGAUGAAGAAAUUCCGGAAGAAAUCACGGAAGAGGAAGUCAUUGCAUCGGAUGGGGGUGAAAAUGAUUUUUUUACCACGACGUCACACACUAAUCUCGCUAAUAUACCCCUUCAGCAAACUACGACCCAUGUUACAGUUCGCCCAACUGUGACGACGACUGCUGCUAAAAUAAUUACAUCUACACCAGUACCAUCGGGCAUGCAGCGAGUGAUCAUCGGCCAAUCGAACGUUAUCACAACACAGGGCGGUACGCUGAAACUUGGCGGCAACUUGACAGCCGUCCCGUUACAAGCGGCGCUUAAGGCGGGCCCCAAGAAACUAACUGUCGUGACGAGUUCCGGCAAAACGACGACCGUGACCGCAACGCCGCUGAGUGAAUCGAACGCCAAGACGAUAACGGCCACACUGUUACCGAGCGGUAAUAAUACCAACAACAAUAACAACAACUCGCAGAACACUAAUCCACAUACGACAACGGCAGUGAAGGUAAAAGGUGUAAUACGCGAUGAUAAGGAUCAGUUCAAGUGUUUAUACUUGCUGGUGGAAACUGCCGUGGCCGUGCGCCAGCGAGAAAAGGAGCAGGAUGAUGUGCACGUUCUGGGCAACUAG